AUGGCAAAAAUUAUUCCAGAGGGGCUGAGAUCCACUGACAUUGGCCUCUUUGCCAUGAGAGCAGCCCAGAUCGAGAAGACCAAGCCUGUGAUUGCCUAUUGGUGCCACUUUCACAUAGUGAAUCAGAUCAUCGGACGGGGUCUUCAUAAAUCCAACGAUGAAAUUAAAACCUACACCACCAACCUGGUGGAUAAGCUUGAGCAGUUCAAAAGCGAGCAUUCUGGCGAUGAAUCGGUGGUGGAUAGCGUCGUGGCGAGUGCACUCGUCGAGCGCUUUGGGUUGGAAGUUUUCGCUCGCGCUGAAGAUGCUAUGAACGCUAACAAGGUCACAAAGCAAACCGCAGAUACAUUCCAGGCAGCGGCUCUAUUUCUCGAACUACGUCAAAUCUGGGGGGCUCUGGACCCGGAAAUUGCCGGAAGGAUCAAGUUCGGAAAGUAUCAUGCAGUCCGAAUUGUGAAGGCGAUCAGGAAUGGCGAAGAUCCCAAUGCGACGAAUCCUGUUCCAGAAGAGGAAGCACAAAAAUCAAUCGCCAAUCUGGAAGUUCGAACAUUCGAUGGAUCGGUAGCGGAACAGCCCUCUCCAUCCAGACAGCCGCCAAUCGAGAAAAUUCCAGAAGAACUCGACUGUCUAAAAGGGCGGGAGCUGACCCAGGAAUUGUCUCUUGAUGAAUCGCUUCACACUUCCCGAGCUUCAUCACUUCAGUGGCCGCCUGCAACAUCGAAUCAUGAUAUUCCGUCUGUACUCGAUGAUAUCCCUGGUUCUCCUGCGCGAACAAAGGAAAUCAGCAAUCCACAACCAGGAGACUUAGAACUCUCCUCAUCCCCGGGGACAAUUGGGUACUCUUCUCCAGUGCCGGGCCUACCAGGUAUUCCCGGGACCUCAAAUACCUUGCACUCCUUUCCAUCACCAACCACUGGUUCUUCAAUCGCCGUACCGGCCUCAGAUUCGUUCCAUGAGCUAUCGGGCACUAGCUCUCAUAUUCCGCAUCCUGCAGCUGUGCCGUCCGGACCACCUCCAGUCCUACGUGCAUCUCUGGCUCAUGUGCCCACUGGACCACCAAGUCAACCAUCACAGUCGGUCGACGAACAGUCUAUCUCUCUGGCACAGAAACAUGCUCACUGGGCGCUCUCUGCGUUGACAUUCGAUGACAUCGACACGGCCAUAAAGGAAUUCAAGAACUCUCUGAGACACCUGGGUGCAGCGCGUUAA